UGAUCGCCGGUGCGCUGUGUUCCUCGGACACAGCGGAUCACGGAAAGAGCCGAAGAUUUCGGCUCAGUCAUGUGAUCAGCUGUGUCCAAUCACAGCUGAUCACAUGGCACUGAUGAUCAGUGUGCCCUGAUGAUCAGUGUGGCCCCAGAAGUGCCACAUGCCAGUGCCAUGUGCCCAUCAAUGCCACAUGUCAGUGCCCAUCUGAGCUGCCUUUCAGUGCCACCUAUCAGUGCUGCCAGUCAGUGCUGCCUAUCAGUGCCAUAUAUCAGUGUCCUGUAUCAGUGCUGCCUUUCAGUGCCCAUCAGUGAUGCCUGUCAAUGCCCAUCAGUGCAACCUACCAGUGCCUCCUCAUUAGUGCCACCUAUCAGUGUCCAUCAG